AUGUCGGCCAGCGUUUCAGGAUUGUUCUCUCAAGUGAUUCCCGAUGACGUGCACACUCACGUCAAGAUCUCCAUAAUCGGAGUCGGCAAAGUCGGAAUGGCUGUUUCCUUUUCUAUUUUGCUGCAAGGCAUUGUAUCGGAAUUAGCUUUGGUAGACACGCAAAAAGACAAGUUGUUGGGCGAGAUGAUGGAUCUUCAGCACGGACAAGCAUUUCUGAGAACCAUCAAGAUACAGGCUGAUACUGAUUUUUCAAUAACGAGAGGAUCGAAAAUAUGCGUGGUCACUGCUGGAGCCAAGAUUAAACAUGGCGAAACUGAGGAGCAGCUACUGGAAAAGAACAUAAAUGUUUUCAAAUCUAUCAUCCCAAAUAUCAUCAAAUAUAGUCCCGACUGCACACUCAUCAUCGUCUCCAACCCAGUGGAUAUCUUGACUUGGGUGGCUUGGAAGUUGAGCGGAUUACCACGCCACAGAGUAUUGGGAAGUGGGACUAUGCUAGAUUCAAGUAGGUUCAGAUUCCUGCUAAGUGAAAAGAUAGGCAUUGCUCCAAAAAGUUGCCACGGUUAUAUCAUAGGAGAACUUGGCGAUCACAGUGUUCCUGUGUGGAGUUCAGUGAACAUCGCCGGCACAAGACUGAAGGAUCUUCAUCCUCUCACUGGAGAAAUUAACGAUCCAGAAAAUUGGUCCGAAGUUCAUAAGAAUGUGAUUAACAGUGCUAGUGAGACUGUGUCGCUAAAGGGCUACACUAGUUGGUCCAUUGGUAUUAUGAUAUCAACGCUGGUCAACUCCAUCCUUAAAAAUCAAAAAAUCAUUUACGCCUUAACAACUUUGGCUCAGGGCUAUCACGGAAUAAAAGAAGAAGUCUUUUUGAGUUUGCCGUGUGUUAUUGGUGAGAAAGGAAUUGCAGCAGUAUUCAAUCAAAAUCUGUCGCAAGAUGAAAUAGAAAAGUUGAAAAUCUGCGCUCACAACCAGUUCAAAAUUAUCGAAAAAAUUAAGAUAUAA